UGUUUGUGUUGUGGGGAAAGUGACCUCUUAGACGUGGGUCUGGGGGAAUGAAGUGCUGGGCGUUGUGGGGGACUGGGGCUUUUGCAGGAGGCUUCAGGCCUCUUCAUCUGGUGAUGUGGUGGCUGUGAAAUUUGACCACAUCAGAGUAACGUUCAGGCAGAAUUUGGCUCACGUCAAGUCCUUUUAGAUUAUUUUUUUGUCAUUUUUAAUGUGUUGUGUUUGUGGCUGCCUGAGAUUUAUUGUAAAUUACAAUUGAAUUGGGUCUAAUUUUUAUAUUUAUACAAUUUUAUCUUGCUCCAGUAUUUUAAAGCUUUAAAUAUUUAUCCAUGUGGUUUCUUUAGAAUAUAAUUAGGUAUUUUUUAAACUAAUUCUUUCUUAUAAUAAACCUAACUUAUAACUUUAAAAUUAAUUUAUGCUGUGUAAAAAUCUCUAAAAUAGCUCUAAACAAGCCAACAAGCAAAUCUUUUGAAAAUAAUGAAAUGUUUUAUUUUAGCUUUGUAAAAUGAAAUCGUAAAAUGAAAACUAACUGUGGGUCACAUCAGGGUGAGGGGGCACCACAACUAUGUAAAUCAUUUGGCUUUGAUCCCAGAACGACAAUUUCUUAUAAAGGAGACGUUGAGGGAGAAGCAGAGGGAGGAAUGCCGUCGUGCGCGAGGGCGAAGGGCGGCCCCGGGUCGGCGCGCGCUGAAUGGGCUCGAGCACAAAGCACGCGAAGAAAAGAGCAGCUCGCGAGGCCCCUCGGUCCCGCUCGAUGGGGAGCCCUUGUCUCGUGCCGCACAUGGCUUUUCUCCCACGGCGCGAGGACGGGCGUCGUUAAACAAGUCAUCAAGAGGGCGAAAGGGGCUUUAAUCGCUUCCUCUGACUCGUGACACCGUUCACACGAGCUCUUCACGCGCCCUGUAGUGUCUCGUGCGCGUUGAAGGCAACAAAAAGGCAGCUGCAACGCAACGGGAGCCGACCUUUCCCACUGUGGGAAUGCUGAGUGGGCUCGCUGGACGCCACGGACCACGUCUGCGUGAGUGGAGUGGCGCGCGACUCUGUGCGUAAAAGUAAAUGGACGCUUCUCGCGCUGGCGCAGAGGCAGCGCGCGCCCAGUGCGAACAGAACCUCUGACCCGGUGCACUUAGCGUCACGUUCGACCCAGUGCGCUUCAGCACAGCCAGCGUCUGAAGCCGCUUCUAAAGGGCCCAGAGCGCACACCUGACGUGACGGGGGGUCCCUCGUGGUCGUGGACGACCUGCUCGCUUUAACCUGCUCGACAGAGUCCCUUUUCUGACUCCUGCGGUUCGUGCGUCGUUCCGGCUCUCCACGGAAUUUCAACGUCACUCACGGUUGCGCGAGAGGCUUCACGCUCCGUGUGUCGCCAGUCCCCUGCCUCGCGCACAUUAAUAUUCCUGUAAGUCUCAGUCAUGAAUAACAAUUACACCGUAAACCGGGGGUAGAGGCGGUGCUCGGUGCUCACACUCAGAGCGGAGGAAGGUUCUGCGUGGAGCUGUGGACCGGAUACGAGCGCGCUGCUUUUACCUGGAAUUAGUUCGGCGCACCUUCAAAAAGCCUCUCUUUGCUGCGCUUUGACUGCGAGCCGCUCGGGACACCGGAGCUUUUACAGAUGUUAGUUCAUCCCUACUCCAGUGCGGACCGCCAUGACGGCGUCUCGAGCCACAGCUCGCGCCUGUCGCAGCUGGGCUCCGUCUCGCACGCAGGACCUUACUCCAGCGCGCCGCCGCUGUCUCACGCGCCGUCGUCGGACUUCCAGCCUCCGUACUUCCCUCCGCCGUACCAGCCGCUCGCUCACUACCAGAGCCAGGACCCGUACUCGCACGUCAGCGACCCGUACUCGCUGAACUCCCUGCACCAGAGCCAGCAGGGCGCAUGGGGCGCGCGGCAGCGGCAGGACGCGGCCGCGGAGCGGAUGGAGAGCUCGGCGCUGCUGGCGCAGCCGCGGGCCUCGCUGCCCCAGCUGUCCGGACUGGACCCACGGCGGGACUACGGCGGAGUGCGGCGGCCCGACGUGCUGCUGCACUCCGCGCACCCGGGACUGGAUCCCGGGAUGGGGGACGGGCUGCUGCACGGGCUGCACGGCAUGGAGGACGUUCAGACCAUUGAAGACACGAACGGAACGAACAUCCUGGAUCAAUCUGUAAUUAAGAAAGUUCCCAUGCCGCCCAAGAACAUGGGCUCCCUGAUGCUCGGCAAGGACGGGCUGAUCGGCGGCGUGACCGUCAACAUCAACGAGGUGUUCUGCUCGGUACCGGGCCGCCUGUCGCUGCUCAGCUCCACGUCCAAGUACAAAGUGACCGUAGGGGAGGUGCAGAGGAGACUGUCCCCGCCCGAGUGCCUCAACGCCUCCUUGUUGGGGGGCGUGUUGAGAAGAGCGAAGUCCAAAAACGGUGGGAAAUGUCUGCGAGAAAAGCUGGAGAAGAUUGGACUGAAUUUACCUGCUGGAAGACGCAAAGCCGCCAACGUCACGUUACUAACGUCUCUGGUCGAAGGUGAAGCCGUCCACCUGGCCCGGGAUUUCGGUUACAUCUGCGAGACGGAGUUUCCCACCAAAGCCGUGAGCGAGUACCUCAACCGGCAGCACGCGGACCCCAACGAGCUGCACACGCGGAAAAACAUGCUGCUGGCGACAAAACAGCUCUGUAAGGAGUUCACAGACCUGCUGGCCCAGGACAGGACUCCCCUCGGUAACUCCAGGCCUACCCCCAUCCUGGAGCCCGGCAUCCAGAGCUGCCUCUCCCAUUUCUCCUUCAUCACACACGGCUUCGGCUCGCCCGCCAUCUGCGCCGCGCUCACCGCCCUCCAGAACUACCUCACAGAGGCUCUCAAAGGACUUGACAAGAUGUUUCUCAACAACCCUCCCAACAACCGGCACGGGGACGGCGGCAAGGCCGGCGACAAAGAGGAGAAGCAGCGGAAAUGAAGCUGGGGAAGAACGGGGUGGGGCGGGGCGGGGGAGUGAUGGAGGGCCGAGCAGGAGGCAGUUACUUCUAGCUUUACACCACUGACCUGCCGAGAGCGAGGCUGAGGUGGGGACGAAGAGGAGGAAGACACCCAUCGGCCGGCGUCUGGGGCCACAGAGGGAUUUCUCAUCUGUGUUACGUUCUUUUCAUUCCCCCGAGGACAUGCUGGUUACUGUGUUACAUCCAUUUCGCUCCCCCUGCCUGCAUCCUGUGAGACUGAGAUGCUGUACACGGCCAACAAACACCGUGUGUGUGUGUGUGUGUGUGUGUGUGUGUGUGUGUGUGUGUGUGUGUGUGUGUGUGUGUGUGUGUGUGUGUGUGUGUGUGUGUGUGUGUGUGUGUGUGUGUGUGUGUGUGUGUGUGUGAACGAACGUGUGUGUUUGUCUUAACAGAAAAAGCAUUGUGGGUACAAACGUUUGGUUGAUGAGCAUCUUAUCUGUGAAUCAGGUCUGUCUGGUUAUUUAAUACAAGUAUGAGGAGGGGAGGUGUUAACUUAUGUGUGUAAAUAUUUAUUUAUAUUAAUUUAAAUGAAUGGUUGUGUAAAUAGGUGCACCAGCUAUUUUGGAGUCUGCCUAUUUAUCUGUGAUUUGACAUUUGUGAGCCGGCAGGGGGGAUGGGACUCAUCCAGUGUUUUUCUGUUCUUAUAGAGCUGUUGUCAUGGUGCUGAUGAUGGGUAGACAUGCUUCUAAUUGUCCAGUGAUUUCGUUUCUAUCACACUGAUAAUAAACCAUGUGUUUUAUUA